ACAUUUAAACGGCAAACUGUUUAAUGUUUCUAUUGACGAGAGGUAAGGACGUCUUGCAGUUGGAAUCACACAUUUACUUGGCAACAAAAUUUUAGCUGAUGUUUUAAAACACGUAGUUCGUGGCAAAAUGACAUCGUUUAAAGACAUAUGACUGGAACUUUCUCUGCCAAAAGACCGCGAUCGUUAAAUGCACGGUAGGUCCAAAACCAAACUGCAGACUGGAUCACAUAGGCAUCACCAGCCCCGAAUGCAUUGCACAGGUAUGCUGCGCUUUGCUUGUGGUUCCGUAGGCGGCUUUCCCCCUCGUCGACUGGCUGCUUGACCUCUGACCUAUUCUCCCCCCCUUCCCUACGCCUCCUUCCCUGGGAUAAUGAGUAAGGAGCCGCGGCGGCACCAGCGGCACAGAGAAAGCGCAGAGCGGUUCGGACGGUCAUACUGCGGGAGCCCAUUUCAUGCACAUAAUACAGCGCUCUUGACAUUCACAUCUCUUCUACUUUGUGUCUCCCCCUCCUCCUGUUUUCUCCCCCUCCCCCCACACCCUAGUAUCUGACACAUUCUGCUUUCCCCAGCACCAUCCACCUACCUACGCACCGAUUUUAGAACUGCUCCUAUAUUAUUAUUUUUUUUUGUUUGUUUCAUCUUAUUCCCCCGCAAAUAAACCAAAUACUGAGAUUAAGCAAGCAAACAUGAUGGCGGCAGCUCCCAUCCAGCAGAACGGGACUCAUACUGGGGUGCCGAUAGACUUAGACCCACCGGAUUCCCGUAAGAGACCGCUGGAAGCGCCUCCCGAAGCGGUCAGCACCAAGAGGACGAACACUGGCGAGGACGGCCAAUUUUUCCUAAAAGUACUAAUACCCAGUUAUGCUGCUGGAUCUAUAAUUGGAAAAGGAGGACAGACGAUAGUUCAGCUUCAGAAAGAGACGGGCGCCACCAUCAAACUGUCAAAAUCCAAAGACUUUUACCCAGGUACCACAGAGCGUGUGUGCCUCAUCCAGGGCACAGUGGAAGCUCUAAAUGCUGUUCAUGGCUUCAUUGCCGACAAGAUUCGGGAGAUGCCCCAGAAUGUGGCCAAAACGGAACCAGUCAGCAUCCUGCAGCCCCAGACCACCGUCAACCCUGACCGCAUCAAGCAGACAUUGCCAUCCUCCCCAACUACCACCAAGCCCUCUCCAUCUGAUCACAUGACCACCUCCAGGGCCAACCAGGUAAAAAUAAUAGUCCCCAACAGCACAGCGGGGCUGAUUAUUGGCAAGGGCGGGGCCACUGUGAAGGCUAUAAUGGAGCAGUCAGGAGCCUGGGUCCAGCUCUCCCAGAAGCCUGAUGGGAUCAACCUUCAGGAGAGGGUAGUGACCGUGAGCGGUGAGCCCGAGCAGAACCGAAAAGCUGUGGAACUCAUCAUUCAGAAGAUCCAAGAGGACCCUCAGAGUGGCAGCUGCCUCAACAUCAGCUAUGCCAAUGUGACGGGGCCUGUCGCUAAUUCCAACCCUACCGGCUCGCCCUAUGCCAACACUGCCGAGGUCCUGCCCACGGCUGCCGCCGCCGCGGGUCUCUUGGGACACGCCAACCUGGCAGGGGUGGCGGCCUUUCCCGCCGUGCUGUCGGGGUUCACAGGGAACGAUCUGGUGGCCAUCACCUCGGCGCUCAAUACUUUAGCCAGCUACGGGUACAACCUCAACACCCUGGGGCUGGGUCUUAGCCAGGCGGCAGCUACCGGGGCUCUGGCCGCAGCGGCCGCGAGUGCCAACCCAGCGGCAGCAGCGGCAGCAAACCUGCUGGCCACCUAUGCGAGUGAGGCCUCGGCCAGCGCGGGCUCCACGGGCGGCUCUGCAGGCACAUUCGCGUUAGGUAGCUUGGCAGCUGCCACUGCUGCCACCAAUGGAUACUUUGGUGCUGCGUCUCCACUCGCGGCCAGCGCCAUACUGGCCACCGAUAAGACCGCGGACGGUUCCAAGGACGUGGUGGAAAUCGCUGUGCCGGAAAACCUGGUAGGCGCGAUAUUAGGAAAAGGCGGGAAAACACUAGUAGAAUACCAGGAAUUGACUGGUGCAAGAAUACAGAUCUCCAAAAAAGGGGAGUUCGUGCCCGGCACAAGGAACCGCAAGGUAACGAUAACCGGAUCGCCAGCCGCCACGCAGGCCGCGCAGUAUUUGAUAACGCAGCGAAUCACAUAUGAGCAAGGGGUUCGAGCUGCCAACCCACAGAAAGUGGGUUAACACCUCGAUUUACUCCGUAAGAUCUCACUUCAUCGUUUCACAGAAGGAUGUACUGUAUUUUGAAGUAAAAUUAUGUUGUUUUUUUUGUUCUCUUGUUUGUCUUUUCUUUUAAUAUAUAAUAUGCAAAUGAAUGAAAUUAUGUUUAAGAUGUGUACAUGUAAAUAAUGUGUUUUAUCAGGAAGAACUUUUCUUGGUAUGUUUUAGUUCUCUAAUUGGCUUGUGUAUAUUUGUAUAUUGUUUCUAGUGUGAGAAGAUCUUAGCCUGCCAGUUUACCAGCAUUAUUGUAGUUUUAAAAGAAAAACAACAACUGAAUGUACAGGGAUAUGCGUGUAGUUUUCAGUAUUAGUUAGAACUAGGAGUCAAGCAUACAUGAACUGCUGUUAGGGUUAGGGUGCGGCUGGGCUCACGUCCGGAAAAGAGCGUGGCCAAGCACUGUCGAGGCAGUCUUACUUCUUACAUAAGGACGUAGAGAAGUAGGAGACGACCUUCUAGGAUUAAGUAACAAAAAAGCAAUAUAGUUGCAAAAAGCACUGUAAAAUAUUUUAAGGUUAAAACUGUGGAUUAUUGUAUUUGGUAAGUUUACAAAUCAGCAAAAGCACCAGUUUCCCUCUGAAGUAGACCAUUGGGGAACGCUGCCUGGCCAGGGACCCCCGCCCUCCCCCUCCCACUUCUGCUUACGGCCAUCUGUAAGGAAGGCCUCUACGAUUGUACUCCCCCACCCCCCCCCCACCCCACCCCCAACUGCCCUCGCUAUCAAAGGAACUGCUGGUGUUCCUCCCUGGCCAAGGACCCUGCCAUUACUCCAUGAGCACCCUCAACGUUCAGACAGAUCGCUGUUGAUGCAGUGGAUCGGGGAUUUUAUAAGGGAGAAAAUGUGAAAGUGCCAACAAAAACGACAUUUUUUUAAUUAAGUGCACGCUCGGUGAUGCGUGUUGCAUUUUAAGAGCUUCUAUUUGGAUAUAUAUAAUUUGUCAACACUAGAAACAUUAGUAUUUGUGAAUGUAGACUUUACUGUGAAGCUACCUGUGAUGUUAGCCGUCUGCCCCAUAGAGACGGGCACGCAAGCAUGGUGCCCCGGCCCUGUGCUGUCGAUGCUACUCCGUAAUUUGCAUGUACGUGGAGCAGUUUUAUGUCACCGAAACCACAGAGUAUUUUCCUGCAUGCUUUUUAAAAAAAGAAAAAGAAAACAAAGGAGAAGCGAUAAAAAGAGGCAGUUUAUUUCGAAAAAGUGCUAAGCUAGUGGGUGAAUCCCUCACUCUUUAAAUAGGUCAUUUUUUCAGUCUGCCUUCUCGCCCCACCUCAACUUGAACACCCUCUUCUGUCCUUUCUGUUCCUGAGUGCUAACCUGUCCAGGCCAUUGAUUCCACCUGUCUCACCUGCUCUCUGAGCACUUGUGAAGUGCCCACACCUGCCGUGCUUCACGAUGUGCAUGCAGUCUUAAAUUCAAUGGACAAAACAAAAAAAAAAAAAAAAAAACAAAUAAAUAAAAUCCACUGGAUCAUCUGGUUGAGAAAUUGAAUUUUAAACCAAGAAUUCCUUCCAUCUCAACUUCAGCCCAUUGAUUCCGUCCAUCCAGACAGCUCUUCCUGUGCAGCCAGUCAAAGAACAACUCUGCUGCCCGGCGUGUCCAGCCUCUUUCUGAACUGUGAUCUGUCUUCAUGAACUGUCUCUUUUGUUCAUUGAACUAUAUGGACUCCUCAUUUCAUAUUGAUUUGCUGUGCAGUUUCCUUUUGGACAUAGAGACAGCCUGAAAAGAUAACCUGCCUUUCCCUUGUCUUCUCCCUUCACUCCUAAGAAGUCCUCUCUGUCGAACUGUAAGUUUAGUCCAAUUUUCCUUUCAAACAUGGGAACUGUUGUUUCAUCUAGACGUUGUUUUUCUUAAAGUCUCUAAUACGUAUUUUAGAGUUAUUUUUAAGGGGAAUGAUUUGCUUGUUAAUGAAAGAGAAAAAAAAAGCUGUAGUAAUCUGUAUUACUUGGUAAUGACUAUCGUCAACAAUUCUGUAGCUGUGCAAGUUUUGACAAAUAGUGUAUAUCGUGAAAAUCAGUGGUUAGCUUUGCGGCUAUUAUAUUUACUCAUUUUAUCAUUAUAAAUGUGCUUAGUUCAUCAUGUAGCAUCA